AUGGGGACCGCAAAUGGAUCCGGCGCGGAGGGGGUUUCCUCUUCGCGUCCGUCUGUUCAACCGGAAAUCGAAGUGACGGUAUGGGAUGGCGAAGAAGAGCAGACUGUAUCGCGGAAGAGGCAACGGAAGCCCGUUGCGAAGCCCUCGCGCAGAUCGAGCAGUCGUCCUUCAGAAUCGACGUCGUUUCAGCAGCAUGAGAAAAUCGCAUCACUCAAAGGUCUGUGGAAUAAAAAGCUGAAGGGAAGGCUGCGGACACAGCAGAAGCUCAACGACGAGGCAACACGGAGACUGCGGACGACUGAACUCAUGCUCUUUGAGGAAGAAGGCGGACUGCUGACCGAGGGCUUGGAAAAAACGUACGCCAUCCCACAGGCUGACAUUGUCAAGGAAACAGACCUGGGCACUAGAGAGAAGAUUCUUGCUCUCGACCUACCGUUUGGGCCGUACGCGGUGGAUUUCUCUCGGAACGGCCGCCACCUGCUUCUCGGAGGGAAGAAGGGGUCUCUGUCUCUCCUCGACUGCCACACGUGCCAGCCACUGUGUGAAAUAAACGUGAAGGAGACUGUGCGGGAUGUGAAGAUCCUCCAUAACCACACCAUGUGGGCGGCAGUCGACGCUGCUAAAAAGGAGGUUUCUGAGGAACACAGGCUCCCAGUGCGCCGGAUUGGCAGGCUAAACCUGCGAGCAGACAAAGACUUUCGCGACGAGCGGUACUGCCUGACAGAGAGCGUCUUGGGGCUCCAGAGUGACGGCUCGCAGGGGACAGGCGACCAGCCACUCGCCCGGUGGCGGGGAGCGUCCUCAGGGCGAGACAGAUCCAAUCCUAAGGUCCCGCGUGGAAACCGACCUACGUGCGUUUAUCCUCCAGGACACGGCGCGCCUCCCUGUGUGAACGUGCCUGCAGCUCAAAAAAAGUAUCUCUACAUCUAUGACCAGCAGGGGAUCGAACUCCACUGUCUCCGAGAUCACAUGAUGACUUACCGAAUGGAUUUCCUCCCUUACCACUACCUCCUCGUCUCUGUCGGCGAGUUCGGUGAACUGAUCAAGCGCUCAAGGCCUCACGCUCCGCCGCACACGUGGGCGUGCUUCGCUGUCGUUGCGGAACGUGGAGGGCAAAGAAGAGGGGUCUCCUCACCCGGUGGCCUCUGGCAGCCCGCCGUCGAGCUCCUCUGUCACAAAGGCCGUGUAACCAGCCUCGAUGUGUACCGCGACUACAUGGUGACUUCAGGGGUGGACGGGGCGUGGAAGAUUUGGGAUCUACGGACGUACAAGCCUCUGCAUGCGUUCCAGUAUUUCGGCUCUCCCCCGUCGUCAGCCCGGUGGAGUCAGACGGGCAUGCUGGCGCUCGGUUUCGGUUCCCACGUUCAGUUCUGGAAGGACGCGUGGAGCACUCCAAAACCAAGGUCGCCGUACCUGACACACGAGUACGACGGCAAGCAAGUGGAGAGUCUCGCGUUUCGCCCCUUUGAGGACCUCUGCAUCGUGGGCUUGACGUCAGGCGUCGACACUGUCGUGGUGCCUCAGUCUGGCAUUGCCAAUUUCGAUACGUUCGAGGCAAAUCCGUACGAAACGUCUGCGCAACGGCGAGAACGCGAGAUCCAUUCCCUCCUGGAGAAGCUGCAACCGGACAUGAUCACGGUGGACAAGUCCAACCGCGUGGGUGCAAUCGACAGCGCACCUCGUGCAGUGCUGGCGGAAGAGAAACAACGCGAGUUGUCUGAAAAAGCGGAGAUGAAGAAGACCAAGAAGAAGACUAAGCAGCGCGGCAGAAACACGGCGGCCAAGGUGCAAAAGAAGGCGGCUCUGCAGUACAACCAGAAGGUUCGGGCGCUCACGGCCAAGAGGCUGGAGCAGGCAAAAGCGGACCAGAAGGCCAACAAGAAUGCACGCAACGCAGAAGAGGGCUUCAGCGCUCUGGACAGUGGAAUGCGUCUCUCGGCAACUGUUUCUGACGCCGCUCCGGCGUGUCACGAGGACGCGUUGCUGAGGUGUUAUGGGGCCCGGUGGAGUUUUGCUGCUUCUUCUGCGGGCACGAGUCACGCAGGCUGGGCGUCUGGGAAAUCGGUGGAAGGCUCGUAG